CACAACUGAAGUAAAGAUCCGCCUUUUUUCCCUCGUGGAUUUCCCUUUAGUGUUGUAGAACGGGCGACCCUCUAAAGGAAAACGAGCGUCCCAGGGCACCGCCCAUGACAUAUGAACCUUAUCUUCGCUGCUGCACUGCGACGUGGUGUGUAUGUGAAUCCAUACGAUGGCAGGAGUCGGACCCCCUCGCCCUGGAGUCCCCGAUUGUGUAACCAGGGUGGCUUUGAACAUCUCUUGUGAGAAUCUGAUGGACAUGGAUAUCCUCUCAAAGUCUGACCCACAGUGUGUGUUCUACAUGAGCUCAUCUGGGAACAACUGGGUGGAGGUUGGUCGCACAGAGAGAAUCAUGAACUGCCUUAAUCCAAAAUUCUCCAAGACAUUUGUUAUUGACUACCACUUUGAGACGGUGCAGAAGCUGAAGUUUGAGGUGUUCGACAUUGACGACAAUGUCAACUGCAGUCUGCAAGAUGCUGACUUCUUGGGCCAACUGGAGUGCACAUUGGGACAGGUUGUGUCUUCGAGGACUCUAACAAAACCACUUGUCAUGAGGGACAAAAGACCUGCAGGAGCGGGAACCAUUACUAUACACGCCGAAGAAAGAACAGACAACAGGGUGGUGCGACUUGAAGUUGCAGCUAGAAGACUGGAUAAGCAGGGUUUUUUUAGCAAGGCUGAUCCGUUCUUGGAAGUCCACAAAGAGACAGAAAAAGGAUGGCUGUUAGCUCACAGGACAGAGGUGGUGAAAUACAACCUGAACCCAUCAUGGAGAGCAUUCCAAAUCCCAAUACAGGCACUCUGUGGAGGUGAUGUGGAGAAAUCUAUAAAGGUCGACUGUUACGACUUCAGGAGCAGCGGCUCACACAACUUGAUCGGAUCCUUUCAGACCACACUAAGCCAAAUCCAACAGGCAUCACAAACUUACGCGGCUGAGUUUGAAUGCAUCGAUAGGAAGAAGAAGCAGAGCAAGAAAAGCUACAAAAACUCUGGUAUUAUAGUCAUUAAAAAAUGCGAGAUCGUGAAGGAGUAUACGUUCCUUGAUUUCAUCUUUGGCGGCUGUCAGAUUAAUUUUACCAUUGCCAUUGACUUUACAGGCUCCAACGGGGAUCCAACAUCUCCACAGUCGCUUCAUUACAUCCACCCUCAUGGCUAUAAUGAGUACCUUUCGGCUAUCAUGGCAGUGGGUAAUGUCAUCCAAGAUUAUGACAGUGAUAAGUUGUUCCCUGUGUUGGGCUUCGGUGCUCAGAUUCCGCCUACAUGGCAGGUCAGCCACGAGUUUCCUGUCAACUUCAACAAUUCAAAUCCGUUUUGUGAAGGCAUUGCAGGUGUCGUGCAAGCCUACCAGCAAUGUUUGCCACAGGUGAAGCUCUACGGUCCUACAAACUUCUCCCCGGUCAUCAAUCAUGUCGCCCGUUUUGGCUGUCAGGCUUUACAGCAACAAAGUGCUUCCGAAUACUUUGUGCUCCUCAUUAUCACCGACGGCGUGAUCACGGACAUGGAUCAGACUCGCGACGCCAUCGUCAAAGCCUCGCGUCUGCCCAUGUCCAUUAUUAUCGUGGGGGUGGGCAGGGCCGACUUCAGCGCCAUGGAAUUCUUGGAUGGAGAUGACGGGCUUUUGCGCUCGGCUGCAGGCGAAGUCGCCGUGAGAGAUAUCGUCCAGUUUGUUCCAUUCAGACAGUUCCAAAAUGCAGGAGCUGCCGCCCUUGCUCAAAGCGUAUUGGCUGAGUUACCUGACCAAGUGUCCUCCUUCUUCAACUUGUUUGGUCUGAAGCCCCCCAGUGAUCCAAAUCCUUCUUAAAAUUGUAAGCGUGCAUAACAAAUGAAGCAAAAUCAUCCCACUGUGAUCUAGCUCCCUAUUUAACCACUAUUUGUUUUAUGUAAAAAAAAAAAAAAGAAAGAAGACUUUUCCUGUCUUUAUCAUGUUAAGUGCCAAUUGAUAUUUUGUAGAUGAACAAAAUGUCAUAAUAGCCACGUGCCUAUAGGAAUGUUUACAAACCCACUUGAAAAUAUGUACCUCCUAUAUUUUGUAAAAUUUGGGUUAUGCCAGUAUGGUCUUCUAUACAGAUACCUUUUUUUAAAUACUCCAUACGUAAUUAAUUAUAGGGAUUUUUUUUCAUGUUGACAAUGAACAUUGCUAGUUAGAAGUAACCUAAUACUUAAUAUGGUGAUUAUAACUUCAAAAAGAUAAUCAUUAUGGGCAGAGUACACCAAAGGCUUUGUCAAGAGAACAAAAUGUUUACAUUUAACAUUAUUUUGGAAUUUUAUUGUCUUAUAUCAGAGAAUUGUAUUUAUUAUAUUAAUUUGUUUUGUCUAUUGAUGUAUACAUACUGUAUGCAGCACGACAUUAAAAAAAAAUACUGGAACAACA